AUGAUGUCCUUUCCUCGCGAUGACUGCGGCGGCGGCGGCGGCAGCAGCAGCACCAUGACGGCCGCCCCGCCACAGCAGCAGCACCACCAUGUCGUUCCUUCCCUGUCGACGCAUUCGUCCUUGUCGGAGCUGAACAACCCGAACGCGAUACAGCUGCAUGGACUUCUCCCCGAAACCGGCGCCGCCGUCGUACCUGCUCCCUUCACGACGGCGCCGACUUCUUCGUCGCCUGCGCACUGUCACCCCAGUGUGCUGAAUAGUAACAACAGCGGUCACAGCACGAGCAGUCCCAUCCCUCUGUCCCAGCAACUGCAGCCUGUUUUUGUGGGCGCGACGUCGUCCACAUCGAUCUUGUCCUCCUCCUCUCCAGAUCCACAGCAGCUGCACAGAACGGCGGCCAUCACGCCCUUCACCACGUGCCCACCUCUGGCACACAGAGCGCCGCCUCCGGUACCCGGCUAUCUCGCCUUUCCACACUCGUCCGCUGGCCACGGUAGCGGCGGGAUCCCCUCACCCCUCCAACAGCACCAGCAGCAGCAACUCCACUUGCUCUCUGCUGGGGCUAACGCUGCGGCACCAGAAGGUCUGGUGCCCUUCACCGCCCCCGCCACCGCUCCCCCGCCGCUUCCCUCGACGGGAGCAGUCGGGACACCGACCACGGCAACGACGACGAGUCUCAGUGCGUUGGCGGGCCUUGACGACCUGCAGCAGGCACACGAGCGACCCUUCCGUUUCAAUGUCCUGCCCCCGCCGCCGCCGUUUGAGGAGUUCCUCAUGCUGUGGGAGACGAACGCGUCGGAUCGGCGCGCUUCUGGAGCCACGACGAUGGGCGAGGACACGAGCAGCAACAGCAUCACCCACCAGCAGCAGCAGGGAAUCGCCCAUGGAGGGGGCCACAGGAGUAGCGGAGCUGCUCCAGCGAUGGAGCGAGGCAACGUGGAGGCGGUUCUGCGAGCAUCUACCAGUGAGCGUGCCGAAGACGACGGGGCCGCGCCGUGCACGGCAGCUGCAGCAGUCAAUCUGCCUGACAACACCCGCAUCCGCGGCGAGUCGACCCAAAGCACACCAGAGCCCAGUGCCAUGGUCGCCCAGUACCGCAAAAUCCUCGAGCGAUGGUGGGCGUACACGGUUCUCUUCGCGAGUAAACCGGAAGUACGCGAACGGCUGGGCAACCCGCAUCUGUGUCCGUCUUUCACAGAUGCACAGCAGGCGGUAGCAGCAGCGGUCUCCCCGAUACCGGCGACGGCAGCGGACGCCUUCACAGCGGAGAAAGUUGUCCUGCAGGCCUGGUCGACACUACUGCUACAGUGGUGGGAAGAAACAAAGCAGCGCUGUCGUCCUCGGCAGAGUCGUCACGGGGCACUGCACCGAGGAGCACCCCCAACUCGAAUGGACAGCGACGGAGUGGACAGCACCAGAAGCCCCAACGAGACGCGCGACACCGCGUCGUCGGAAAGUGUGAACUCCUACGAACUGCCGAGCGCCGAGGAGGGACCCCUCACCCGAUCGCUGCCGCCGCCUGACCACGACCUUCUCCUGCACUUUGACUUCACGAUCCAGUCUGCGUCAAGCAGCCCAACGGACAGCUUGCCGUUGUGA